AUGGACAAGAAGCUUGCCCUCUUGUUCAUUUUUUCAGCAGUGUUCGUUAGUAUUAUUGGAGCUGAACCAGUGGAAGAUAAACAAGCUUUGCUUGAUUUCCUUCACAACAUGGAUCACUCUCCUCAUUUCAACUGGGAUGAAAACUCUUCUGUUUGCAAAAGCUGGAGAGGGGUGACUUGUAACACAGAACAAUCCCGAGUUAUAGCUCUCAGAUUGCCUGGAACAAGGUUGAGAGGUCCAAUCCCACACAACACACUUAGUCGCCUAUCAGCACUUCAGAUUGUGAGUCUUAGAUCAAAUGGUAUAACGGGUCCUUUCCCAUCUGGUUUCUCUGAGCUAAAAAAUUUAACCGGCCUCUAUCUCCAAUUUAACAAGUUUUCUGGCCCAUUGCCAUUGGAUUUUUCAGUUUGGAAUAAUCUUACUGUUGUCAAUUUGUCCAACAAUUCUUUUAAUGGGAGCAUCCCUUUUUCAAUUUCAAAUUUGACUCAUCUCACUUCAUUAGUCCUUGCAAACAACUCACUUUCGGGUGAGAUUCCUGAUCUCAAUAUAUAUAGCCUUCAAGAGCUAAAUUUGGCCAACAAUAACCUUAGUGGGGUUGUGCCUAAGUCCCUUCUUAGAUUUCCCAGUUCGGUCUUUGCUGGUAACAAUCUUACAUCUGCAAACGCACUUCCUCCAGCUUUUCCCGUGCAACCACCGAGUGCUCCUCCUUCAAAGAAAACCAAAGGAAUUAGUGAAAUUGCAUUGUUGGGUGUCGUUAUUGGUGUUUGUGCGCUGGGAUUUGCGUUGGUAGCACUUUUCAUGAUUGUCUGCUGCUAUAUUAAUGAAGAUGUAGACGAGCAACCAGUGAAAUCCCAGAAAAAAGAAGUCCCUCUGAAAGAAGAAUCUUCUGAAAAAGGUGAUAAAAACAAAGUAGUCUUCUUUGAGGAUUGCAAUCUUGCAUUUGAUAUGGAGGACCUGUUGAGAGCGUCUGCUGAGAUUCUUGGAAAGGGUACCUUUGGUGCAACAUAUAAGGCUGCUCUAGAGGAUGCAACCACUGUGGUGGUGAAGAGGUUGAAGGAUGUCACAGUUGGAAAACGAGACUUUGAACAGCAGAUGGAAGUGGUGGGGAAAAUUAAGCACGACAAUGUGACUGCAUUAAGGGCAUAUUAUUAUUCCAAGGAGGAGAAACUUAUAGUAUAUGACUACUAUCAACAAGGCAGUGUUUCUGCAAUGUUACAUGGCAAAGGAGUGGAAGGCAGAAAGAGGUCUUUAGACUGGGAUAGCCGUUUGAGAAUUGCAAUUGGUGCAGCGAGAGGCAUUACUCACAUCCAUUCUCAACAAGGAGGGAAACUGGUUCAUGGAAACAUAAAAGCCUCAAACAUCUUCCUCAACUCAGAAGGGUAUGGUUGUAUGUCUGAUAUGGGGUUGGCAACAUUAAUGAGUCCAAUUCCCCCACCAGCAAUGAGGGCUGCAGGAUACCGUGCCCCAGAAGUAACAGACACUCGUAAAGCAACCCAAGCAUCUGAUGUCUACAGUUUUGGGGUUCUUCUACUUGAGCUUCUAACUGGGAAAUCCCCCAUAAAUGCCACAGAAAGUGAGCAGGUUUUCCACUUGGUUAGAUGGGUGAAUUCUGUGGUUAGAGAGGAAUGGACUGCUGAAGUGUUUGAUGUAGAGCUGUUGAGGUAUCCAAAUAUAGAGGAAGCAAUGGUAGAGAUGCUACAAAUAGGGAUGGCCUGUGCAGCAGAAGUACCAGAUCAGAGACCAAAAAUGCAGGACGUGGUGAGAAUGACGGAGGAUAUUCGUCGUGUAAAUUCAGGAAAUCGACCAUCCUCUGGAUCCAGAUCAGAAGUUUCUACCCCAACUCCUCUUGCAAUUGACAUACCUUCUACCUCUGUUCCACAGUGA